AUGUCAAGCCCUCCACUGCAACCACCGCUGCAACCACCACUGCAAUCGACACAUAGACGCAGAUUGACAAGAAAAAGACAGAAUGAAGAUACAGACGAUUCAGACGAUGACGUGCAAGAUUCAUGGAACACACGGUCAUCGCCGCCUGCUUCUUCAUCGUACCCACGUCAACACAGUCACCAACCAUCAUCACCUCCACCACAUUCUGGGUUAGCCUCGUCGCCACAGGUCCCCCCCUCUUCGCCAGCAAUUCCAUUUGACGAUGAAUUAGACAACGAUCUUGAGGAUGAGAUUCAAAACGAUGUAGCUGACUUGAACCCAUCAGAUGAAGAGGAAGGUGAUGACUUGAUGGAUAACUUUGAAAGAGAUUAUCGCGAGAAUGCAGAACAGGACCAUUACGACUUGGGUGACCAGAACAUCGACGAUACUGGUGAUUUCGACGAGAUGGAUAUGGCUACAAGAAGAAGAAUUGAUGAGCAAUUGAAUAGAAGAGAUGCAAUUUUGAAGAAUGCAAGUAGAUCACGUGGUGGCGUGUUUUUGGAUGAUGAUGAAGAUGAUGACGAGGAUGCCGAAGGAAUUCGAGGACAAAAUGAGGGUAUGGACCAAUAUGGUUUACCGAUCCAGAGAAGGAGAAGAAGGCAACAUUUUGAUGACGACAAUGCCGAUCAAGAUGACAUGUUGGAUGAUAUGGAAAUUGACCCAUUUAAUGAGGAAUUAUCGUUGGAAAGCUUAACAGAUAUAAAAGCACCCAGUAUUACCGAAUGGAUUUUACAGCCCGCUGUGAGUAGAUCCAUUGCAAGAGAAUUAAAGAGUUUCUUUUUGGAGUACACGGAUGCCAAUGGUGACUCUGUUUAUGGUAACAAAAUGAGAACUUUGGGUGAAGUCAAUGCAGAAUCAUUAGAAGUCAGUUACAGAGACUUGGCCGACUCCAAGGCCAUCUUGGCCUUAUUUUUGGCCACGAGCCCUCAGGAGAUGUUGAAGAUCUUUGAUAUUGUUGCCAUGGAAGCUGUUGAGUUGCACUAUCCAAAUUAUUCUCAAAUCCACCAGGAAAUUCACGUGAGAAUCAUCGAUUACCCCAAUUUGUUGAAUUUGAGAGACUUGAGAGAGAACAAUAUGAACCAAUUGGUGAAAGUUUCAGGAGUCGUGACCAGAAGAACUGGUGUUUUCCCUCAGUUGAAAUAUGUCAAAUUUGAUUGUUUGAAAUGUGGAGUCGUUUUGGGACCAUUUAUUCAAGAUGCAAACAAUGAGUUGAAAAUCUCAUUCUGUACCAAUUGUCAAAGCAAAGGUCCAUUCAAGCUAAAUUCUGAAAAGACCUUGUACAGAAACUACCAAAGAAUUACUUUACAAGAAGCUCCUGGUACUGUGCCUGCAGGACGAUUACCCAGACACAGAGAAGUGAUUCUUUUAUCUGACUUGGUAGAUGUAGCCAAGCCCGGUGACGAGAUUGAAGUUACAGGUAUCUACAAAAAUAAUUAUGACGGUAAUUUGAAUGCCAAGAAUGGGUUCCCCGUUUUUGCUACAAUUAUUGAAGCAAACUCUAUAAGAAGAAAAGAUAAUCCUGCAUUUGCCGGUGGUAACAACUUGGUCAAUGUAUGGACUGAAGAUGAAGAGCGCGAGUUCCGCAAAUUAGCUCGUGAACGUGGUGUAAUCGACAAAAUUAUUUCGUCUAUGGCACCAUCUAUAUACGGACACAAGGAUAUUAAGACCGCGGUAGCCUGUUCAUUAUUUGGCGGUGUUCCAAAAGAUGUCAAUGGAAAAGUUUCCAUUAGAGGUGAUAUAAAUGUUUUGCUUUUGGGUGAUCCAGGUACCGCCAAGUCGCAAAUUUUGAAAUACGUUGAAAAGACAGCAAGCAGAGCUGUAUUUGCCACUGGUCAAGGUGCUUCUGCUGUUGGUCUUACCGCGUCGGUACGUAAAGAUCCCAUCACCAGAGAGUGGACAUUGGAGGGUGGAGCUUUAGUUUUGGCGGAUAAAGGUACUUGUAUGAUUGAUGAGUUUGAUAAGAUGAAUGAUCAAGAUCGUACAUCCAUUCAUGAGGCAAUGGAGCAACAAACGAUUUCCGUGUCUAAAGCUGGUAUAGUUACUACUUUGCAAGCACGGUGUGCAAUUAUUGCUGCUGCAAACCCUAAUGGUGGUCGAUACAAUUCCACAUUGCCAUUGUCACAGAAUGUCAAUUUGACUGAGCCAAUCUUGUCGAGAUUUGAUAUUUUGUGUGUUGUUAGAGACUUGGUCAAUCCUGAAGCAGACGAAAGGUUGGCAAGUUUUGUUAUUGACUCGCAUAUGAGAUCACACCCGGCAAAUACCGAGGACGUGAUUGAUGAUGCAGAUGAGGAUGAUAUUUCUCUUGAAAAGGCGAGUCGAACUAGAUCGGAAAAGUUGCAACAGCUCAAGAACCAAAAGGAACAAGAGAUUUCACCAAUAUCACAGGAUUUACUUAUCAAGUAUAUUCAGUAUGCUCGUGCCAAAUGUCAGCCAAAGUUACAUCAAAUGGAUAUGGACAAGGUUGCUAAGGUGUAUGCUGAUUUGAGAAAAGAAAGUAUAUCUACAGGCUCGUUCCCCAUCACCGUGCGUCAUUUGGAAAGUAUAUUGAGAAUUGCUGAGGCAUUUGCCAAGAUGAGAUUGAGUGAUUUCGUAAGUCAGAAUGAUUUGAAUAGAGCUAUCAAGGUGAGUAUUGAUAGUUUUGUUGGUGCACAAAAAGUUACUGUCAAGAAGCAAUUACAAGCCAAAUUCCAGAAGUAUACUUUGCCAACAAGAGUUAGCAGUGGCAUACAGAUGCCCAUACAAGAUCUAGAUAAGACGAUUGCGGAUAUAAGACUGUGCAACCAUAUUCCUGUUUCGGUAAUUGACGAAUUAUGCAGAUGUGUUAUUGAUAUUCUCAUUGAAGAAGCUAAUGUGCUUUUGUUGCAGGCUCCAGUAACCAUCUGUGGCGAUAUACAUGGCCAGUUCCAUGACUUGCUCCAGUUGUUCCAUAUUGGCGGUGCGUUACCGCAGCUGCAGUAUUUGUUUUUAGGUGAUUUUGUUGAUCGAGGGUAUUAUUCGCUCGAGCUGUUUCUUUUGCUCGUGGCGUAUAAGGUGAAAUAUCCACAAAGGAUACAUAUGAUUAGAGGUAAUCAUGAGAGUCGUCAGAUUACUAUGGUGUAUGGAUUCUACGAUGAGUGUUUAAGGAAAUAUGGUGAUGCCGAGGUGUGGAAAAUGUGCUGUGAAGUGUUUGAUUAUUUGAGUAUUGGUGCAGUGGUUGAAGGGCAGUACAGUUCGUCAGUGGGCUCCAAAGUCUCAACUUCGGUUUCUUCGCCGCCAUCACCAGCACCUAUUUGCACAGCUUUCACUUCUACUUCUACUUCUACUUCUUCUUUUUCUUCUACUUCUACCUUUCCUUCUUUUUCCCCUUCUGCAAUAUCCUCACCCGAAACGCCUCAUACUCCAACUACAACAAUUUCGAAUAUAGAUGAGGGAGUGGAUUUUGCUAAAAAUGGAGCAGUGUUUUGUAUACAUGGCGGUCUUUCUCCCGAUGUAAGUACCAUAGACCAGAUUAUGUUGAUGGACCGUAAGCAAGAAGUGCCACAUGAAGGUGGUAUGUGUGAUUUGCUUUGGUCUGAUCCUGAAGAGAGUAUUACGAAUUGGAGUAUCUCACCUCGUGGUGCGGGUUAUUUGUUUGGUGAAAGCCAAGUGAAUCAGUUUCUUCAUAUGAAUAACUUUUCCUCGAUUGCACGUGCUCAUCAGUUAGUGAUGGAGGGGUAUAAGGAGAUGUUUGGAGGGAAGUUGGUGACUGUUUGGUCGGCGCCAAAUUAUUGUUAUCGCUGUGGUAAUGUUGCCAGUGUCUUGUGUUUAGAUCUGGCAUUGGACAAAGAAUAUAAAGUGUUUGAAGCGUCAAAUGACGAUGAGGAUGAAGACGAAGCAGAUGAGGAGAGAAGUAGAAGGGCAAGAUUGGUGAGAAAACCUGCAGUGGAGUAUUUUAUUUAA